AUGGCAGCAGCACAUCCGGAAGGGGAAGUAUACUUCCAGCGAUCAAGCCUACGGUUUAGCAACAACCUCGGCUUUUUCGACGCUGAUAAUGCGAACCAUUUUUAUUCUCAUUUUCUCAUUGAGUGGGUUACCAAUGAGGCCAUGGCACGAGAGGUCCGUGGUCUUCCAGAGCCCGAUCAUCGCGGCCCUCGAUCUCAGUACCUGCGUGAAAGGCCAUCCGGGGUACCCAGGACCUGGUUCGGAUUUUGGAGCCAUCUCCCUGUGAGCUACGGCAGCAACAACAAUAUCCGCCGCUGGGCCCAGAUCCCACUGGAGAGAAACCCAGCCGAAUUCAGGGAUCGCGACCGCGGAGGGGCCCAGAAGGUUCGGGUGCAUCCCUGUCCUCUGCCGACGGAACAAGAACAGUGGAUAUGGAUUGAUCUCGUCACGCCCAUUCGGGCCAUCUACUUUCCAUUGUCCCAGCAAGCCGACCAGGACUUUCCCCAGCUUUGCACCUACGUCCAGAUUAACUUCUACCAUCAAUCAGCGCGGGAGAUUUGGCGUCCAAGAAUAAACCGAUUUCUUAGUCACGAGUUCACCCCGGAGUUCGGAGUAGGCUUUGCGUGGGGCCACAGUCUAGGAAUCAACGUGCAAGAAUGCAUCAAGCUGCUCGCCCUAACACCGAGGCUACGAGUGACGAAUAUCUGGCGAGAAAAGCUCAUUGUCAUACGAGAAAUCGGCGACAUCGCGACGGGGCAUUUAACGCCACACGUGCGCCCCAAUCUGAGUUUUGACUUCAUUAAUUUCAUCAACGCGAAUUUCGCCGUGGAUGUCAUCUGGAAGCCGGUGCCGCCCCGAAAUUCGUUUCUGCUCAACCUCAUCGAGACCGUGGUCUCCGCAGGGUUGGGUCUUGUGCCGGGCGUAGGGCCCCUGUUAUCGGCGGGAUUCUCGGUAGCAUGGCUGGCCAUCACUGACCCGGAGGGCUUCACGGAGUGGGCGAAGAAUGGCGGCUGGGCUCUGACAUGGAUUGAAAUGGUCAUCGGCAGUGCCGACUCCAUGAAUGGUUAUAUAGACCCGAACUGGCGAGGCAGCCCCCGACAGCUCAUGGCCACCCAAGAAACUACGGAUAAUAAGGAGGGCCAAGAGAUCCAGGAGGUAGACUGGGACCACAUUGGCCCGUCGGACCUUCUUCUCGAUGGUCUUCGUAUUAUGGCCCACUCGGCAAAGGGCACCAAACCGCCCCUUGAUGACCACCUGCGUACCGAGAUACUGAGACGUGCUGUCGAAUGUAGGAAUAUGAGUCUUUCCGAGGCGCUUGUGAUCGAGCAAGGACUGAGAGCAGAGCCUGAGCCGACCGAACCAGAGGAAUUGGAAGAUUCAGAGUAA